GUAAUCUGCAUAGAUGAAGUUUAACGCAAACAGAGACUGAAGGACGAUGUGGAGAUAGAUGUCUUUAGCACAUUAUGUUAGAUACGAACAACUUUGAUUAUGAAACCACGACUUUAUAUGACGCACUUGAGGCAUACACGAGCAGUUCUAAGAGUCAGGAUGAUAACGUGACGAACUCCACCAAUGCAACAUGGUCAAGUUACGACGUCUGCGACCCUUCUUCCUAUCCGCAGGACUUCCUGACAUCUUCGCUGUUCCAUGGCUGCAUUUACCUAAUGUAUUCAAUAGUGUUUCUAGUAGCACUUCUUGGAAACGGACUAGUAUGUUUCGUAGUGCAAACUUCACCGCGAAUGAAGACUGUGACGAACUACUUUAUAGUGAACUUGGCUGUGGGUGAUAUACUAAUGACACUGUUCUGUGUGCCGUUUUCUUUUGUGCCUAUGUUAAUACUCCGGUAUUGGCCGUUCGGUUUUGUAAUGUGCAAAGUAGUGAAUUAUACUCAAGCUGUGUCUGUGCUUGUAAGUGCAUAUACGUUGCUAGCAAUUUCAAUUGAUAGGUAUAUGGCUAUAAUGCGACCAUUAAGACCUAGGUUAGGAAAAGCAGCAGCCAAAAUGGUAGUGGCUGCAGUAUGGCUGGGGGCUCUUACAACAGCAGCUCCUAUCGCAGUUGUUACACAACUGCAAAGGCCGACUCCUUGGCAUGAGUUGUGUCAAGCUGAUAUUUGCUUUGAACAGUGGGAGCAUGCUGGUCAAAGUGGUCAGUACACGUGUGCACUGCUAAUACUACAGUUCGCACUGCCACUGGCUGCGCUUGUGUGCACGUAUGCACGCAUCGCUCACGCUGUGUGGGGAGGUCGGCCGCCCGGGGAGGCUCAGGAUGCGAGAGACUCCCGAUUACAACAUUCUAAACGUAAGGUGUUGUGGACCGUUCAUGAAGAAGAUGAGAGAUGGGCUACAUGGCCAGGGAUGCCGUACAUGUGGUUCGCUUGCCACUGGCUGGCGAUGUCACACUGCUGCUAUAACCCUAUAAUAUAUUGCUACAUGAAUAACCGAUAUAGGCGAGGGUUUAAACAGAUCCAUAUCACGUGUUACACUCUCAAAGAGUACUCACGCAUCGUAUUAAAACCGUCAGACGCCGAAUUAAUUAUAGUUAUUGAUGGAAGCAUCAAGUGCUUGCGUUUUGAUGACGUCAUCGUUACAGAUUGUAGGGGUGAAUGGAAUGACUCGGCGUGGGACGACGAGCAGUUGUCUCAGUCGGUUGCAUCGUGUUCCCACGUGUUCGUCAUGCACGUCUGUAAGACGAGGGUUGACCACGAUCCCUCGGCCUUGCGCACCGUCGGCCCCAGUCCGCGCCUUAUCAGUUCGAACCCACCUAAAUUGACCUCAAGACUCACCGAAACGCAAUUAAAUGAAUAUUAUUUAUUAUUUUAG